AACGAAUCAACUGACUCGGUUGACUCAUUCGAUUCACUUUCGCUGACUGAGUGGAGUUAUAAGUGCACCAACGUACUGGGCCCCAACAAAAUUGGAGAAAUUAAAAUAUUCUCCUGAAAUUCAUCACCAACAACCAGGAUAUUUAACUAAGAGGAAUGUUAAACUGCUGAAAGAGGUGAAGCAGAAGCCUUCCAGAAGAAUCUCCAGAACACGCAGAAAUUGCUUGCUACAUUUCCGACAUGGAGAAACAUCAGCACUCUGUCAAGAGUUUUACUAAACAGAGUGAUCUCAAAAAUCACCAGCGCAUUCACACAGGAGAGAAACCACAUCACUGCUCAGACUGUGGGAAAAGUUUUACUGAACAGAGUACUCUCAAAAACCACCAGCGCAUUCACACAGGAGAGAAAUCAUAUUCCUGCUCAGACUGUGGGAGUAGUUUUACUAAACAGUGUACUCUCAAAAAUCACCAGUGCAUUCACACAGGAGAGAAAUCAUAUCACUGCUCAGACUGUGGGAAGAGUUUUACUACACAGAGUGCUCUCAAAACACACCAGCGCAUUCACACAGGAGAGAAACCGUAUUACUGCUCAGACUGUGGGAAAAGUUUUACUGAACAGAGUACUCUCAAAAACCACCAGCGCAUUCACACAGGAGAGAAACCAUAUUCCUGCUCAGACUGUGGGAAAAGUUUUACUAAACAGAGUAAUCUCAAAAAUCACCAGCGCAUUCACACAGGAGAGAAAUCAUAUCACUGCUCAGACUGUGGGAAGAGUUUUACUACACAGAGUAAUCUCAAAACACACCAGCGCAUUCACACAGGAGAGAAACCGUAUCACUGCUCAGACUGUGGGAAGAGUUUUACUCAACAGAGUACUCUCAAACAACACCAGCGCAUUCACACAGGAGAGAAACCAUAUUACUGCUCAGACUGUGGGAAAAGUUUUACCAAACAGAGUACUCUCAAAAUACACCAGCGCAUUCACACAGGAGUAAAACCAUAUUACUGCUUAGAGUGUGAGAAGUGUUUUUCUACAGAGAGUCAUCUCAAAUAUCACCAGCGCAUUCACUCAGGAGAGAAACCGUAUCACUGCUCAGACUGUGGGAAGAGUUUUAAUCAUCAGAGUCGUCUCAAAAAACACCAGCGCAUUCACACAGGAGAGAAAACAAUCCCAAAUCUGUUCCACAGCAAUUAAAAGUGCAAAUCUUAAAUCUUUCGGACAGAACACCUUAUCCUACACAAAUGUUUCACUUUGUCUCUUGGGACACGUUCCACCAGUGGAUAUAGCGGGAUAUUUGGUUGUUGUAUUACUCAAGUUUUAUUCUAUUUUUCUUAUUAGUAGUGAUGGGUAGAUGAGGCGCCAUGAAGCGUUUCAACCCAUAGGGAACCUGUAUUGAAACUGUGUCGAAACUGUGUCAUGAAUACUCACACCUACUGGACCUUAAAAAUCACUAUAGGCAACCUAGUUGACGGACUAAUUUUAUUACCUAGUUUAUACAAAAUAUGCUUUGAGUAAUUUUAUUUUAUUGUAUAUAAUAUUAUUUCAUAUAUUCAGUUACAUUUAAAAUAUCAAUAAAUAACGUGAACAUGUAA